UCGUCACACAGAAGUUAAAAUCCAUACCCAAUAAGAGUAUAUAUGUAGCAUCCAAUAGUCACCACCUCAUCACAAACAACAUUGUUGACAUAACAUAGCUUCCUUUUCAAGACCAAUCCUCUUUAAACUUUCCUUCUUUCUCUCUCCAAUUCCUCAAUUUUCUCACACACUCUUUUGCAUAACUCCAAAAACUCACACACCCUUUUUCUCAAUUCUUUAAUUUUCUCUCUCUACUUUCACUUUCUCUCUCUUUGAAGUAAGAGAAAAAACAGAGCAAAGUGACUGUGAUGAUCAUAAAGUUAUCAUCUUUUUGAUUAAUGGGUUCUUGUUCUUCAGUUCAAAGAAAAACCAACAACAAAGAAAACAAUAACAUGAAGCUAAAAGUUGCAUUUUUUGGUUCCAAAACUCAGAAACUUGUGAUUCCACCAUCACCCAUUAAGGAACAACCUAAAAAUGGUGACUUGAAAUUUUCACCUUCAAGGUCAACGACCAACUUCAAUGAUUUUGGUAGCAAAGAGGAAGCAUUUUUUGAUUCCAAAGCUUGGAUAGACUCAGAUUGUGAAGAUGAUUUCUAUAGUGUCAAUGGUGACUUUACACCAUCUCGCGGUAACACUCCAAUUCACCACGCUUUUGGUACACCUGGUGUGAACAAAGCCUCUUCUCGGAACAGAACUUCACCUUCUCCAUCCGAAUCAUCACCAGAUAAGAAAAAGAAACUGUUGGAGCUUUUCAAAGACAGUGUAAAAGACAACCAAGAUGAUGAUGUUAAAGAAAAGAAACAAGCGAAACCAACCAUCCAAGAUGUUUUACCUAAAUCCUCAAACUCAACUCCUUAUCGCUCGGGCGCUAACUCUGCUUGCAGUAGUGAAAGAAUCACGAGUGAGGAUCGUGCAUCUGUUAGAGAGCCUAAAUCGUCGCUGUUUUGCAUUCCGAGUUUGACUUCAUGCCGUAGCUUUAGAGAGAGGAGGAGGAAGACAAGUCCUGCAAUUGCAGUAGAUGGAAAACAUUGAGUUCUACUGCAAUGUGUUGAAGCAAUGUUUGUUUGGUUUUUUCCUUUAAAGUCAAAGACUCGAAAGUGGUUGAAAUGAAUAUGAUAGUGUACAUCAAUAUCCCUAUGUAAAGAACCAUAAGCUAUAUGAAUUUGAAAAGUAUGUAAACAUAAACGGAAGAGAUGUUUUAUAUCAUCAAUAUGAUAAAUGUUGUGAGAUUUUUUUCUGUCAGCAGUUCAAUUUCAA